UGUUUUUGGGGGAGAGAAGCGCUUUUGAAAGUCCGUUUGUGUGAGUGAGAACGCAAAUUACUGGUUUUGGAGUCUUUCGACCUUGUGGAGAAGAGGCUUUGCCAUAACGGACUUCUUCUUCUUCUUCUUCUUCUUCAGUCUCUUCCUGCAUCAACCCACCAAAGUGGUUCACGGGACAUCUAAGGCUUGGAACUUUGAUAAUUGUGCGGUUCUUCGUCAAAAAAAAAAACAUUUGUGCAUCAUAAUAGUACAAGGUUAACUAGGUGGAAGAACCCCUUUUUUCCGGAGGAUUUGAAUUGGUGUAAAAUGCUUGAAGAAUGGUCUCUUUGAAAUGAUCUCAAUUUCUGGAUUUAGGUUACCCUUGCAUAGGUAACCUAAAUUAUGAAAUGUUGCAGAUGUUUUGAUUGGUGCUAAGCUAAAUCAUAUCUAGAGCAUUGAAAUUUUGUUAUGGAAGUAGCGAGGAGCGAUAGCAAUAGCAAGCCUCGGAGUCAACCCUGCAACUGUUACAAAGCUGCAAUCCUAACUGAAACGAUUUUGGACUCGACCCAGACCUCAAAUUUUAAGGAUCGAUAUGUUCUUGGAGAGCGACUAGGAUGGGGGCAAUUUGGGAUAAUUCGGGCAUGCUCUGAUAAAUUGACUGGUGAUGUGUUAGCUUGCAAAUCUAUUGCUAAAGAUAGAUUGGUGACAAUGGACGAUGUGCGCAGUGUCAAGCUUGAGAUUGAGAUAAUGUCUAAGCUAUCUGGGCACCCAAAUGUUGUUGAUCUCAAGGCAGUUUAUGAGGAUGAGGAUUAUGUGCAUCUUGUAAUGGAGCUUUGUGCAGGUGGAGAGCUUUUUCAUCAGCUUGAGAAGCAUGGAAGGUUUUCUGAGUAUGAGGCUCAAGUUCUUUUUAGGCACUUGAUUCGAGUGGUUACGUAUUGCCAUGAAAAGGGUAUUGUUCAUAGAGAUUUGAAGCCGGAGAACAUCCUCUUGGCAACAAAAUCAUUCUCUUCGCCAAUCAAAUUGGCAGACUUCGGUCUUGCAACCUAUUUUAGACCUGGGAAAAAUUUGCAUGGGACUGUUGGGAGUCCAUUUUAUAUAGCUCCUGAGGUACUGACAGGUGGUUAUAAUCAGGCUGCCGAUGUGUGGAGUGCUGGGGUUAUCCUCUACAUCAUUUUGAGUGGUCUGCCACCCUUUUGGGGAAAGACUAAAUCGAAAAUCUUUGAUGCUGUUAGGGCUGCGGAUCUACAAUUCCCUCCUGAAUUAUGGGAUCGCAUAUCAGCAUCUGCAAAGGACCUUGUCACUGGAAUGCUAUGCGUAGAUCCUUCAAAGAGGCUAACUGCUAAACAAGUUUUGGCUCACUCUUGGAUGAAGGAUUGUACACAAGCAACUCAAGAACCGAACAAACAAGACAGCAUGAGUUGUGGACAACUUGAAGUUGGUUGUGUUUCUUCCUCAACCCCUUCCAUUGCCAGAAGUCGGGAUUAUAGUUUCACUGAUGUAUCACCUGCAACUAUUGAUAGUGAAGGGUUCAAUUCACCAACAUUCACCUGCAGAUCAUCAUUUUCCUCUUUCCUGGCUGACAGUGGCACACCUAGCUCAGUAUUUGGAGGGUUUUCUUUCAGCAGUUGUUGUGAAUCUAAUACAUUAGAGUUCCGAUCCCCAAUUCCCUCAAUGCCUAGCUUUACAUUCUUCAGUCCAAGAUCAGAAGUCAAGCAAGGCAAUGAUGAUUCAUCAGGUUUCACAGCCAAAAUGACAAGGGUGGAUGUCAGUCAUAGAGAUUCUUUGGUAAAGCUGUUUAUGUUGGAUCCUUCACUAUCCAUUAAACACCAGUUAGGAGAAACAGAGCAGAGGACAGAGCUUCGGAGGGGAGGAGGGCCAAACGGUUCCAAGUUUUCAGGCAUCCACAGCAAGAGGAAUCACACAAUUGGACUCGGUGAGCUUGAUCAGCUUGAUCUCAUUGUGACUGAGUCAGUCAUCCGUUGGGCAUCUUGCACGCAUGUUCCUAGUGCCUCAUCUUUGAGAUCAUCCCUUGUUUGCUAGAAGGAAUUAAAAUACAUACCUAUUGCAGCCUAGAUUGUAGUAACCGAUGAAUCAUCAAGGAGCUGAACUCUGGGUGUAUUAGGGCCAGCAUGCUAAUUUGGUGUGAUGGAGAGUGAUGAUGCUUUGUCUGAUUUGGAAGGUUUUUGUAAGUUUUUAGUACACCUACGAAUUAUUGGAGUUUCUAACAAUCAUAUUGUUAUGGAUUGGGAAAACAGUUUUUAAUGUUAUUUAUAGUAACAAAUAAAUUUUCUGGGAA